UGCAGGAGCUGGACAAGAAUGAAUUCAAGAAUGUUUCAUUGCUGCUGAAAUGUAUUCAGCUCUACCUUAAAAGUGAUCUUGGAAAACAGAAGAGCUUGCUUAUGGAGCAAGGACUGGUAGUGAAGAUGAGUAUAAUACUGUAUACAAUUUACUAAUGUGAUUUAAGGUUGUUUGCAUCAGAAACAUCUCCAAGGAAGUGAAAACUAGAGGAUGGCUUGGUGGCCUCACAGAAACAAAAUAUUUUUUUAAUAUUUGCAUCAACUGAGUGGGGGAAGAAAUGCUUAGUCUCUUACUGCUUUUGGUGUAGCAGCCAAUUUUAUGGCUUCACUUACUACCUGAUUUCAAGGGUUGGGUUGUUUGGGUUUUUUUAAAGCAGAUAGCGGAAGGAGAGGAUGAAUUUCUAUAAGUCCCAUUACUGAAAUGAUACAGACUUUCUAAAUCCAUUUUAAAUGCUCCUGCAAAAUAUAGUUUUAGUAAUAGAAUUAAUGAGUAAUUUGUGCAUUUAUAUUUUUAAAAUCUGAGAUAUUCUUUAUGAAGAUCCCUCUCUAGUUAUAUAGUAAACCAAAUGCAUUUAAUCUGCAAUUGUGUUUUAUCUUCUACAACUAUAUUGAUUUCAGCUGGUAAUAGUUGUAGUAGCAGAAAGGAAAUUGUGCUGAAGACAAGAAACACCUGGGUCUAACACAGGUGUAACUGGCAGGGAACAGCUAGCACAUGCUCUCUGUUAGCAGAGAGCUGACUGAGAGUCCUCAGUCCAAAAUGUUGUAUUCCUGCCUUGUAGUUAUGCUUUUCAGGGUUACUCAAAAUUCCUGUAUGGAAAUGAAUUAAUAAUUUUUUUCCAGUCUGAGCUCUGUAUUUUCAGUGAAACUUAGAUUUCUAGUUCAUCAUUUUUGUGUGAUCUUAUGCAAUGUUUAAAACCAUGAAGUAAUAAAAUAUUUACCUUGAAAAAGCUUGAAAAAAUUAUACAGUAUUUUGCUGUGAGUUGAUGUCUUCUAGAAAUGUCUGUAGUAGUUCUGGUGCUACUAACAGCGUGUAUUGUGUCUGAGCACCAUGAGUGGGUGCCUUGGACAAGAAAGGAGGAUAAAAGGAAGGGCUAGAGAGGGAAGGGGAAAUGGCACUUUUCACGUCCUCCUAGCAAAAUUUGAACUCCUUAAAGCCAUGUAGUUUUUGACACAGUAUAUGACUCUGAAGUUUAAAAGAUAAAGAACUCUGUAAGGUUUUCCUGCAGACAUAUAUAAUUUAAGAUUAUUAAUUCCCCUUCUCAGUUUUUAACUCCUUUUUUUUUUUUAACUUUUACCUGGUAUCUUGGUUUGAAAGAGCAAGAGCGUUUGUGACCAUCAUCGACCCAAAUGAGAAUAAAUUUUUGGUCUUAAUGCUUGAAGACUUCUUUGAUUCUGCAUUGGUGAUUUGCAAAUGCAGUUAUGAAGGGAAGAAAGAGGUAGUGAAUUCAUUUUUGCCUGAACUAGGGUGCCUAGUGACAGAAUCAAAUCUUUGCUCUGCUCUGCAUCUGGAGGCCUUGAGGACCCUCAACACUAUACUUGCAGCUGUCCCAUGGGAACUGAAAAGGAUGUUCCCUCUCUCUGAGGAUAUAUGCUUGCUCACGCAAGACCUAGUAGCAACUGUGCUGGAGGUUGGUGAUUAUGACCUUCAGGUUGGCCUUUUAGAAGCAGUUUGUAGGUUUUUGCCAAGAAGGUGGAGGGAUGACCUUGUUCACCUCUUGUUUGACGAUAACUAUCUUGCUGAAGCUUUCAAAGAGAUCAAGGAUCAAGAAUUUGACACGGACUGCAGAAAAUUUCUUAAUCUAUUAAAUGGAAGGCUUGGAGAUAAAAAAAAAAGAGUCUACACAUUUCCUUGCAUAUCUGCUUUUGCUGGUGGGAAGGAGGUAAUGAAGCCAUCGGACAAGAACCUGGAGGAGUUUUGGAUUGACUUCAACGCUGGCAGCCAGAGUGUGACUUUCUAUGUGGAUUGUGAUACGGGAAAACUUUGGGUCUCUGUGAGGCUGUCAAAAGAAAAUGUCAAGAGCUACAGUGUGACGGAGAAGGAUAGACAAAAGAUUGUUAAAAUUUCUUUGAAGAGAUCUGCUCCUCUUUACAAUAGAGCAGCAUUAAAAUUCAAACUGGUUUUCAGUGCUGAGUUUGAAAUACUUGGUGCACUUAGAAAAGUCCUGGGAGAUGAAAAACUGAUGAUAGUCAAGUCUGAAGAUGAGCUUGUCCAUUCUGGGAAGGAAACCAUGCAGAGUGAAACAGAAACACCUGUGCCCUCUAACUCACAGAGGAGGAAACAUCCUUCAGACUCUGGAAACGCGGAGACUCAAAAAGACAGCUUAACCUCUCCGCACAGACAGCAGUUAACAGGGACUGAAGGCGAGAAAAUGCCUGACUUUGGUGUUGCCAUGGUUACAGUGAGCCAGCAGACUGAUCCGCAAGGUGCUAACCAAGGAAAAAAGUCCAAAACUCCAUCUUCAGGGAUGAAAGCUGAGCCUAGUGAGAAGCCCCUCGAAGAAGAAGAACCUAUGGAUGGGCAGAUACCGAAGAUCCUGCAAUUCUCUCGUUUACCAAAGGACACUACCACCAAAAAGAAAAACGAGAAGAGUGCUGCAGGCAGGAAGGACCUCUAUGAUUUUGAAAGCUCAAACUCCUCAAGUCACAAAAAGGUUUCUAAAGCCAAAGGAAAGAUUCUUGCCCAGAAAGAUUCUUCAAAAAGUCAGAGGACUUACGAAACAAGAAGCAAGAGCAAGGCAUUAAACAGUCUUGAGAGAAAGCAGUCCAGUUACAGGAAACAUCUUUUCUCUGAAAGCAAUAAUGAAUAUACAAGCCCUGGUCAGAGUGAGACAAGCUGGAUUCCUAACUCUCAGAUACAGGCAACGCCAAAAUCUGACUAUACCCGAAAAAAACCCAGGAUGAGAAGUAAAUUAAAAGUGCUUCCACUGUCUUCUUCAAGCAGUGACAGCGACUAUGAGCCAGAGAAGAAGAGAAAAUCAAGGGAAAGAGCUCAAAAGAAGACGCAAAGGAAAGAAAGCGCAUCUAGCUCCAAGAGAGAUGAUUUACCCAUUCUGAAUCUUUCUGAUGAAGUGCUCUCAGAUGAUGCUGCAGGGAGUCCAGUGCUUCUUGAUAUGCCUGCCAGGAACCCUUCCACUGAUGUGGAGAAAGCCACACAGAAGAUUCUUGGUGCAUCAGGCAAAUUAUCAAGAGAGGAAGAAAAUAGCAAGGAGAAGGACUCAGAUAUACUGAGUGGCACUGUCACAAAAAAGCCUAAACUUUCUAGUUUGAAGGAAAAUCACCUGCCCUCUGAGAUUAACCAUACACCAAAGAAAAUCUCUGAGUCAGUAGAAGAUGAGGUGGAGAUGGAGAAAGGUCAGGAAAUGGUCAAUAGUGUAGAUGAUGCGUUUUUUUCCAAGAUUUUCCAUGAAGAUUCGAGUGAUUCAGAAGUGAUUUUUGCCCUUGAAAGAUUUAUUGACCAACUGAAGAAGUAUUUCUGGUCCCGGUACAAAAGGAUUGAGAUCAGCGCACAGGAUGUCCUGAGAUCUUCAGAGAAGAGCCUGUCUGCCCAGCUGUACCAGAUACAUAAGUGCAGGCUGGAUAAAUUUGAGACCUUGCGGAAGACUGUUGUUGAAGAGCUUGCCAACCUUGAGAGGGAAACUCAAAUGCUGGCAGCCAUGGAGAAGGACGCACUGGAUUUCUGGAAUGUGCAGCUGCUGAAACUGAAUACAUUCUUCAGCCAGCAAAAGGAAAGAACGGAAUCUGUUGACUCAGCCCUGGGCGAAACAACAAAGGGUUUUGCCAGCGCUGUCCAGAAUACAAUGCAUGAACACUCAGUGAAGAAGGCAGAAGAUGAUGUGUUCAUUGUUCCUUCUGACUAGCAAACCCCUGAAUUCAUUACUGCUCAUGGCAUUUGAGCACUUCAUGUGCAGCAUAGACAAGAUGAUUCUGCAAAGGAUGUUAUUCUGUUCCAAAUGAAAAGAAAGGCAGGAAAAGCAUUAUGUUGAGCCUUUUUUUUUUUUUUUUUGCCUAAAAAGAAUAUAUAAUGUUAAGUGGUCCAGUUGUGACCCCUGUGUUGAUAACAGUUUUUUCUGAAAAAUUGCAAGAUCAGGUCCCUUAUAUAGCAAAGAAAUAUAAAAAAUCAGCUAAAGAUAAGGAUGUAGCUGUCAAAUUGAUGGAUCUGUUGGCUUUCUUUGACUGUUCUGCUAAAACGUUUAUCAAGUGUAAAAGCACUUAAAAAAUGGAUUCAAAAUAAAAAGUUGCUUGUUUAG